AUGUACCAAGCAGAUUCACUUACAUUCAGGAUUGGAGUUGUUGGACCAUGGCACUGUGACCCACAUUUUUCUAAAGCUCUCCCAGAAGUGGCUGCUAAGUUGGCCAUGGAUAGGAUCAAGAGAGAGAAGCUCCUACAAAAUGUAUAUGUACUUGAAUACGCAGUGCUCCAGGAUGACUGCCAAACUUCAAAGGCCCUCACAAACUUUAUGGAGUUUAAUAAAAAUAUUUCUGUGUUUCUGGGUCCAGUGAAUCCAGGUUACUGUGAGGCAGCAUCAUUGUUGGGCAAGUAUUGGAAUAAGGGAAUAUUUUCAUGGGCCUGUGUUAACUUUCAGCUUGAUAACACCGAGAGCUACCCAACAUUUGCGAGGACCUUGUUAUCUCCUGUCAGGGUUUUGUUUAGCGUGAUGAAGUACUUUCUCUGGGCCCACGUUGGUAUAAUAUCUUCAAAUGAAAACGUCUGGGUAGAUACUGCCAAUAAAGUGGCCAACGCGCUUCGAUACAAUGGCCUUCCAGUCGGGAUUGUCAGGUCGAUGGGGUACACCAAUGAAGAUAUUUUGGAAACCUUAAUGAAGAUUAAAAAUGUUCCAGAUCUUCGAGUGAUCGUUAUGUGCAUGCACUCCGCUCUCAUUGGAGGUGAGCAGCAGUCAAUCUUCCUACAGAAAGCCCAUGACCAGGGGCUGACAGAUGGGAGAUACGUCUUCAUUCCAUACGACACUUUACUCUACAGCCUACCUCACAAGAACACAACUUACUCCGCACUGAGAAACGACACCAAGCUGUUGGCUGCCUAUGACGCUGUCUUGACCAUAACAAUGACCUCAGACGAGAUGUCCUUUUACGAGGCUUUCAGAAAGGCGCAAGGGAGGGGAGAAAUAACAACAUCCCAGCUUGCAGAGCAGGUUUCCCCGCUUUUUGGAACAAUUUACAAUGGCUUCUAUUUCAUCGCCAAGACCAUGGAGAAUGUGCUGAGAGAUGGAGUCUAUAUCUCAGGGGUGAUGCUUGCCAAUUAUACUAAGAAUUUGAACUUCACUGGUUUCAAUCAGAAGAUCGAAACCAGAGAACGAGGCGAAGGGAUAGCAAGCUAUGUCAUCUUGGACACCGAUGGGAAGAGUCACCAGCUGCUAGCUACCUACACGAUCAAUAUGGUAACUGAAACUCUGCAACCUGGAAAUAAUGCGAUUCAUUUCCCCAGGGGAUCACCUCCGAAUGCCGACUCUAACUGUUGGUUUGAGCCAAAUAUCAUUUGCACUGGAGGCAUCGAGUUGAAAGUGGUGAUACUGGGUUUUGGGUUGAUCAUUGGCCUGGUACUGUGUGGACUUGUCGUGGCCUACUUUGUCAGGCGGCGAAUGCAGCACAUACAGAUGGUGAAGGGGCCCAACAAGAUCAUAAUGACCUUCGACGACCUCACCUUCAUCAACCCACAACUCAGCAAGAAGAAAAUAAAUCUGGACGAGUUGAGCGAUGGAAGAAGUAUGUCUGAGCAUAAAAGUGUGAAGUCUCUGGGCCAAUCGCUGUCUGGGCGAAGUUCUGCAGCGGCAACUCAUGAGAACUCAAACGUGGCAGUGUACGAGGGGGACUGGGUCUGGCUAAAGAAAUUUGACUCCAGAUGUAACCAAGAGGUGCAGAAAUCUACUACCAAAAUAUUGAGACAGAUGCGCGACCUGCGGAAUGAGAAUGUAAACCCCUUCUUGGGCUUCCUGAGUGACAAUGGAGUGCUGGCCAUCGCCACUGAGUACUGUUCCCGGGGCAGCCUGCACGACCUUCUACGGAAUGAAGACGUGAAGCUUGAUUGGAUGUUCAAGUCCUCCCUCCUUCUGGAUCUAAUCAAGGGCAUGAAGUACCUUCACCACCGAGACUUCCCCCAUGGACGUCUGAAAUCCCGUAACUGUGUGGUAGAUGGGCGCUUCGUGCUGAAGGUCGCGGACUAUGGCUAUGUCGAACUACUGGAUACACAGAAAGUUCCUCAUGAGACUCCACCCCCAGAAGAUUUGUUCUGGACAGCUCCUGAGUUUCUGAGGGACCCUGAGUUAUCCAGGAAGGCGACAGUAAAAGGAGACACUUACAGUUUCGCCAUCAUCCUGCAGGAAGUCGUGGUCCGCGGGUCUCCGUACUGUAUGUUGGGUCUCAGCCCUGAAGAGAUAAUAAGGAAAGUGAAGAAGCCACCUCCGAUGUGUCGGCCCACAGUCUCCCCAGAUCAAGCGCCUUUGGAGUGUAUCCAGCUGAUGAAGCAGUGCUGGAGUGAGCUUCCAGACCGGAGGCCUACCUUCAACGAGAUCUUUGAUCGAUUCAAAAUCAUAAACAAAGGGAAGAAGACAAACAUCAUUGACUCCAUGUUGAGAAUGUUGGAGCAGUACUCCAGUAACCUGGAGGAUCUUAUUCGAGAGCGGACGGAAGAGCUGGAAGUUGAGAAGCAGAAAACAGAGAGGCUCCUCUCGCAAAUGCUGCCCCCAUCUGUUGCAGAAGCACUGAAAACAGGCGGCAACGUGGAGCCCGAGUAUUUUGACGAGGUGACCAUCUACUUUAGCGACAUUGUUGGUUUCACCACGAUAUCGGCAAUGAGUGAGCCCAUCGAGGUCAUCGACCUCUUAAAUGAUCUCUACACUUUGUUCGAUGCUGUUUUAGGCAAUCAUGAUGUUUACAAGGUCGAAACCAUCGGUGAUGCUUACAUGGUGGCGUCAGGGCUCCCGAAGAGAAAUGGCAACAAACACGCCGCAGAGAUCGCCAACAUGUCCCUGCACCUCCUCAGCUCUGUGGGGUCUUUCAAGAUGAGGCAUAUGCCCGAGGUCCCCAUCAAGAUCAGAAUUGGGAUGCAUUCAGGGCCGUGUGUGGCAGGCGUUGUGGGGCUGACUAUGCCCAGGUACUGCCUCUUUGGCGACACCAUUAACACCGCUUCACGGAUGGAAUCCACCAGCUUGCCUUAUCGAAUUCAUGUCAAUAAGAGCACUGUAAAAAUUCUCCGCACAUUAGACGAGGGCUAUCAGAUACAGGCCCGCGGACAAAUUGAGCUGAAGGGCAAGGGCAUUGAAGAAACUUACUGGCUGGUUGGGAAAGAUGACUUUACUGACCCUUUACCUGAGCCACCGGCAAUCAAACCAGGGGAGAACUGGCAAAUGACAGUGACCGAAGAGAUUAAGACCCUAUUCCGGAAGGCAAACAAGGCGACAGACAAACAGAAGGCCUGA